AUUGAUAUGCCUCAAACUUUGGGGCUAUAAAUACUUUGAAUAUUUUGUUCAGUUCUUCGUCUUCUUCUUCUUGAGUCUUGACCCUUUUACUGUGUCUGACAGACUUUGGAGAGCACAGAAUAUAGCAACAUCAUGGGCAUCAAAGUCCUUCUUUCUUGUUUCUAUGUUUUAUAUUUGUUCUUGUUUUUUGUGGGUUUUCCAGGUUCCAUAGAGGGACGGUUGCUCCUAACCAAGAAACCUGACCCAAAAAAUGCUGCUGCCACUGCUCGUUGGUUGGUCUCUCAGAAUUCUUGGGGGGUCUUAAAUACCAUCUCAAGUGACUUGGGAGGAGCUCCAUUUGGGAAUGUGGUUUCCUUUAGUGAUGGGUUGCCUAACAAAGGUAGUGGCAUCCCAUACUUUUACUUGACAGCUCUUGAUCCAACUGCGAGAGAUGCAUUGAAAGAUGACAGGGCUUCAUUCACAAUCAGUGAAUACCCUAUUGGAACUUGUGGCAAGAUAGACCCUGAGAAUCCCACUUGUGCAAAAAUUACACUUACUGGCAAGUUGAAGUUGGUGGAUAAAAACUCCAAAGAAGCAGAAUUUGCUAAAAGUGCCUUGUUCUCAAAGCAUGCAGAGAUGAAAGACUGGCCUGAGGAUCACAGCUUCCAGUUCUUCAAGUUAGAAAUUGAGAAUAUAUUCUUGAUUGAUUGGUUUGGUGGUCCAAAACCUCUCACAUUGGAUCAGUACCUGCAUGCUAGCUUGAACUGGUUUGCUUCAAAUUCGUAAAUGCUCAUCGAAUUGCCAAUUUCUCAUGUGUUUUUACAUUGGAUGUCAAUGUGAAGUGUUUAUAAUUAAUUUGUUGCAAAGAAGAUGGACAGUUGUGAUUACUGUAUAUAUAUUGUUAUAGUUUUACCAUCUUAUUGUCUGUUGGGAGUAAUCAAAGACGAUAAAUUGUUGGUACAAGCUUUGUAUUUACAUGUACCCUUAUUGUUUAUUCCAUACUAGUCUGAAGAUGUAUAUUUAUACACCCUUAAAAUCAACAUACGGAUUGAUUCACAACUUA